AUGCUUGACAAGCUAGAUGUUGUAAGAGUUCUUUGGAAGCAAGUAAGCAGCGCUGAAGCAUACACAGAUCAUCGCGGGCUGAAGACAGUGGAGCAGCGCGCCGGGACAGUGGAGCAGCGAGGCGGGACAGUGGAGCAACGAGGCCGGACAGUGGAGCAGCGAGCCGGGACAGUGGAGCAGCGAGGUGGAACAGUGGAGCAGCGAGGCGGGACAGUGGAGCAGCGAGGCGGGACAGUGGAGCAGCGGGCCGGGACAGUGGAGCAGCGGGCCGGGACAGUGGAGCAGCGAGGCGGGACAGUGGAGCAGCGAGGCGGGACAGUGGAGCAGCGGGCCGGGACAGUGGAGCAGCGGGGCGGGACAGUGGAGCAGCGAGGCGGGACAGUGGAACAGUGA